GGGAGGCGAGUGGGCGGGCGCUCGCGCCCGGCUGAAAGAUGGCUGCCGCCGCCCGGCAGCCACCGCCCCGAAGGUUACUGUAGGGCCUGCGGCUUCCGCCCGUGCUCGCGGACCACCGCCACCGCCUUACCAUGAAGCCAGUGAGUCGCCGCACCCUAGACCGGAUUUAUUCCGCGUUGCUCCUCGCGGUCGUAUUGCUCUCCUGGGGAUACGUCAUCUAUGCAUCAACUGUAGCUGCACGACGACAACUAAGCAAGGAAUACCCAGACAAGAUCUUCGGGAUGAACGAAAAUUUCUAAUUCUUCUGGAUUUGACUUCAUGCAUAUACAGUUCUUUACCUCUGUCUGGUUUUCAUAUAACAAAGCACAAGGAUCUUAGGUGAUGCAGUUGUAAAGAAUCUGUCUGCUAAUGCAUGAGACACCAGUUCCAUCCUUAGGUGGGGAGGAUCCCCUGGAGCAGGAAACGGCAACUCGGUCCAAUAUACUUGCCUGGAGAAUUCCAGGGACAGAGGAGCCUGGCGAGCUACAGUUCAAAAGAGUUGAAGGAAAAGAACACGAGGAAGGAUAACAAAGCAAAGUAAAUCUGACAGUCUUUUGAUCUAGAGUUUUUAAAAUACUUCUGAAAUGUCUCCAGAAAGCCUUUAAAACAAAGUGUGCUGUAAUUUCUGUACUUAUUUUUAUUGCAGCAUUUCAUUCCGUUGUAUACCUUCACAUCAACUAGAUUAAGUACAGUGUAAUAAAAAACUAUCAUGUGACUAUAAACAAUUUUCUACAUUCUGUUUUCCAGAUUAAAAAUGGCCAGAAAAAGUAGGUGACUGACCAUAUUAUUUUUAUUUAGCCUGUCCAGUUUUUACUUAGUUAGAUAAUUCAGUCUCAAAUUGUACAGAGAGAAUGGCACAGGUUGGGAAGAAACAGACAACACAUAUGUGAGUAAACUUUAUUACUUUUCCAGAAAAUACUUUAAAUAAGUUGGUAAUGUAGCAACAAACUUAGGCCCAUACACCUUUGAAAUUUUAAAGUAAUCUUCAGUGAUGUUGAUCAGGAAAUUCUUUCAUGGGUGGGAUUACUUCUCCAGUCUCCAGAAUUGUAUCACCCUAGAAAAACAAAAGUGCAUUAGUGAUAAAUCUUGUCAGCAGAGGUAACAGUUCGCCUUUGAGCUCAUCUGGAAAACCUAGCUCAGUUAUAGCAUUCAAACUUUAAAAAUGACAUAGGUAAAAUAGAAGCUGUCUAAAGAGAAGAAACCAGUAUCCAAAAUCUUAAGAAAUAAGGAACAAAUAGGGGAAGUUUUACUCGAACCAAACAACCACAAAGAACAUGAAAGUUGUCUUUACAAAGUGACAGAAGGAUGAUCUUUAUUUGCUUGGCCCCCCAAAAUAGGAGAAGCCCUAGAAAGAAGUUGUAGGGAAACAGCUUCACUUCAAUACAAGGUGGUAUAUAUUCCCAGCAACUAAAUAUGGUAGGCAGCCGCCAGUUUACUGUUUGGCUCAGAACAGAUAUUAGAGACAGACCUGCAAACUUUGCCCAGGCAGCUGGUCCAGCUGUCUUUCCAGCUUUCCAAACCUAGAUACAGCGUGUGUCACAGAACAGGAGGGGACUUUAAAGCUAGGACCAAGUAGUGUGAAUCCUGGAACCCUCCACUGACAAGCUGUAUAAUUUUAGGCAAAGUACUUAGCUUUCACUUCAGCUCUCUGUUUAACAUAGCAGAUUCCAUAAGCCUCACAGUCCAUGAAUUGACUGAGUAGGGCAGAAUUAUCCCAUCACCACCUGCCAUUCCCUGUCCUGGUUGCUCAGGACUAUAAACUUGUAUUAGUAUAAGCCAGUAUACAUUUUGGGGAAAACCUGUUUCCACAGCUAGCUUUACCCUGACACAGAAAUUAACCUGAACUGGUAUGAAUACUGCUGUAAUAAAAA